ACUUGUUUUGGUUUUGUCAUUUGUGAAUGUACAGUGUAAAACGUGUUUAUGAUUGUAUUAAACUGUAAUUUCUAAAGAUGAAGAACUUAAAUUUAUGGGAAGUCUCUAUAAGAGAUCUCAAACACGAAUCAGGGGAGAACCUUAUAGUUUGCAAUGCUCAUGAUGAAGAAAGUUCAUCCAGUGAACUAUAUGUUUGUACACAUAACCUUAGUGUAAUUAAUUUUGAUGAAGAUAGUCAAAUAAAAUGGACUAGAGACCUUACAGACAUCGUUUCACCUGAGAACAAACCUAUAAACAUCACAUUUCUUACAAUCACCAAUACUCUGUGUGUAGGAUUUGAAAAUGGCGAGCUUAUAACCUUAAGUCACAAUCAUGGCAGUAAUUGUGAAUUAGCCGGAGUUUGUGACAAUGGACUAUUGGCCAUGGAAUGGAGCCCAGACCAAGAGCUACUGGUCUUAGUUACAAAAGAGAUGAACACGAUCCUAAUGAAUAUGUUUGAUCCUAUGAGUGAAGUUAAUCUUUUAAAUGAAGAGUUUGGAGAGAAACAGUUCAUAACAGUUGGAUGGGGGAAAAAAGAAACUCAGUUCCAUGGUUCAGCAGGAAAACAAGCUGCUAAAGUGAAGACUGAAGUCACCGUUGAUCCGGAAAUAAAAAGUGAUGACACAGUAAAAAUAUCCUGGAGAGGUGAUGGCAACUUAUUUGCUGUUGGCUUUACUUGGGAUGGUAUCAGAAGGUUCAAAGUUUUUGACAAAGAAGGUUGCUUACAGUAUACCAGUGAGAAGCAACAAGGUUUAGAGUCCAAUUUACAAUGGAGACCCAGUGGAAAUGUCAUUGCUACUACACAGAAAAUAAAUGAAAAACAUAUUUUAUCAUUCUUUGAAAAGAAUGGCUUGAAACAUGGAGAGUUUGAUAUUCCCAUCAAUUCCAAUACAAUAGUUGAAAAUAUAACUUGGAGUUCUGACUCUGAAAUUUUAACAUUACAAUGCAAGGACAUGGAGAAAAAUUCUCAGUUCUUACUGCUUUUUACAACUGGCAACUACCACUGGUAUCUCAAACAAUCUUUGGUAUUCAACAGUGAACAGAAAAUUAGUAAAAUAAUGUGGGACAAUGACUUUGAUGUUGCCAACAAUAAAAAAUUACAUGUCUUUUUACACAAUGGCAAGCAUUUUUCUUACACUUGGAUUUGGAAUGUGGAUCACAGUAGGGGUUAUGGAUCAGAUGAUGAUGCUGUGGUAGCUGUUAUAGAUGGAGAUAAACUCUUAGUUACAGGCUUUAGACAGACUGUUGUGCCACCACCAAUGUCAUCCCUUGAAAUAAAACUUAGCAGUAAUGUCAAUUCUGUCCACUUUGCCCCUCAAAAUCAGGAAGGAUUAACUCCUAAUUGUUUUUUUGCUUGCACUGCUGACUAUAGGCUCAUAUUUUACAAGCAGACUAAUAAGUUUCCUCUGCAGUAUGAAGUUUUUAAUACCUUUGAAAUUGACCAUUAUGAUUUCCCAUUCCAAAACUUUAACUGGUUUUGGGCAAAUGCUGAAACCUUUGUAUGUGUUACGGUUGAAGAGAAUACUUAUAGUUUAGUGGAGUAUAAAGUAAGUGGAGAAAAAAUUGAAAAGAAAAAUACAAUUACCUUACCAGCAUCAGUGGCUAGAGUUCAGUCUCACCCUUCUGAAGACUCCAAAUUGUUUUUGCAACUCCAAAAUGGUAACAUAUUCCAGUACACCCUAGGAGAGACUACAGAAAUUCAGGAUGUGUCAUUUGGUGUUCCAUGUCCUCAAUUUAAUGUAUUCUCAAUUGAAAACGACUUACAUUUUAUUGGAUUGUCACACAAGAACAAUCUUUUUAUUGACAACAAGAAAGCGAUGAGCGGUGUCAGUUCCUUUUUCGUUCACACGCAUUUCCUUCUGUUGACAACAUUACAGCAUUUACUCCUAUGUACUGAGUUGACUAAGCCAGGACUGGAUGACAUUAUUGAAUAUCAGAAGAAUGAGUCAAACCAUGUUUAUAAGAGGAAAAUUGAAAGGGGAUCAAAACUUGUCAUUGCUGUACCCAAUGACACAAGAACUGUGUUUCAAUUGCCAAGAGGUAACCUGGAAACUAUUCAGCCAAGACCUUUAUCAUUGAAGAUUAUUGGUGAAUUUCUAGACCGCCUUCAGUAUUACGAGGCGUUUGACCUAAUGAGAAAACAGAGAAUCAAUUUAAAUCUGAUCUAUGACCAUGACCCAGAAAAGUUCAUAAAACAUAUUGAUAUAUUUUUGGAAUCCAUCCAAAACAAUUCAUGGUUGAAUCUGUUCUUAUCAGACCUUGAGAAUCAAGAUGUUACGAAGUCAAUGUACUCGAGUAGUUACACCAGCAAACCGGAACAGCAGAAGAGUGAGGUGGCUUUAAAAAUCCAAAAGAUUUGUGAUAUUGUUAGACAAUACCUCAGGAACAGAUCAGACAGUGCCAGUAGAGUUUUACCACUACUUACGACAUAUGUUAAGAAGAACUCAGUUGAAGAUUUGGAGAAAGCUUUAUUGAUUGUCAAAGACUUAAAACUGCAAGAAUCAGCUGGUUCAAAAUUACCUGUUGGGUCUGAUGAAGCUCUGAAAUAUUUACUCUACAUGGUAGAUGUAAACCAUUUGUUUGAUGUGGCAUUAGGUAUAUAUGAUUUCGACUUAGUUUUACUAGUCGCAUACAAGUCACAGAAAGACCCGAAAGAAUAUGUACCCUUUCUGGACGAGCUUAAUCUAAUGGAAGAAAACUACAAGAGAUUUACGAUCAAUAAACAUUUGAAGAGAUUCGAUAGGGCUGUGGAGAGCCUUGUAUUGUGUGGACCGACCAGACACAAUGAGUUGAAAACAUUUGUGAAGUACCACAGCCUGUACCGCGAAGCUUUAGCGUUGUUCUCGCCUGCUGAAGAUAUAUUCAAAGAAAUAUCAGACGAUUUCGGUCUAUAUUUGAAAUUGAAGAAACAAUACGCAGAGGCCGGUAUUAUUUACGAAAGAGCUAACAGUUUGGAUAAAGCAACUGAAUGCUAUAAAGAUGCUUUGGAAUGGGAAUUAGCAAUAGGAUUAGCACACUCGUGGCCAGAAGAACAAUUUAAGAGUUUGUGCUGGGAUUUAGUAGAAGGAUUGAAACAGGAAAAACGCCACAAGGAAGCGUUAUCUAUUCUAGACCAAUUUUGUGGUAACCAAGAACAAACCAUUUUAUAUGCUAUUGAAUGUGGACAGUACAAGACAGCCAUUCGACUUUGUUCACAAUACAAUAAAUUAAACUUGAAAGAAGAAAAGUUAUUACCAGCAGUAAUAGAAGAGUAUAACAAUAUGAAAAAUCUGAUUGAAACUAAUUUUGUGACAUUUAUAAAACAUCGCGAACGUCUUCUAUUCGUCAGAGAAAAUAAGAUCAAACAUCCAGUCGACAAUAUCGACUUCUAUGCGAACAAAGACAGCGAUUUAUAUUCCGAUGCUGGAAGUACACUGGCUUCAUCAUCUCGGGGAUCAACUCGGUCAUUCCGUUCAAGUAAGAACAGAAGAAAGCAUGAACGUAAAGUGGCUUCACUCAAAGAGGGCUCUCAGUAUGAAGAUGUUGCUUUGGUGAUGGCUUUACAUAACCUAGUUACUGGUACCUUUGAUCUAAGGCUGCAGGUGAAGGAAAUUGUCAUUGCCUUGAGUUACUUCAGUAAGGACAAAGAACCUUAUAUUCUACAGACAUCUUUGGAGAAGGUGUUGAAAGAAAUGAAGGACAGUUUUAAAGACAUUUGGACAAAUGAUCUUGUAUUGGAAGCGACUAAUGCUUCUAUAGCAGCUCUGAAUGUACCAGAAGGACAAAGUAUAAUACCACAAGGUAUUGCUACUCUUGAACCACACAUAAGGAUAGCCCCAGUUAUCCCAGACGUCAGUUGGAAGCUUGAAGGUCUUAAUUAAGAAAAUUAUUACUCAUUUUUCAUUAAUAAAUAUUAUAUUCAAAGUAUUUAAA